UGAUACCAACCUGUCCCUCAGACCGCCACGCGCUUUUGACAUAGACAAGCUCGAUUGGUAGCUGCUCCAUAGCGUCUGCCGCCUGCUGAAGGCAGCUAAUUGCAUCUCUCAAAGGCAGACGCAUUUCCCGUCCGCCUACAUUGCUACCUCUCAGAAUACACUCGCAGAGCGUCCGAACGCAGUGCAUAAUGCCACCCACACAUGCGCUGGGCGACGCCGAGUCGUCAGCCAUCACGACACAGCUUCUAACACUUGUCAACGUAUCUGCGGCCGCCCCUGGUAAGCGUAAGCUUACACCUAUGCAAGACUCUUCUGGUUCAACGCGGGAGGCCAGAAGACGACGUGUGAUCAACAGAAGUUCGUCAACGACUUCCUUGACGACGGGCUCGCACAAUGCGAACAAUCCCUCAGAGAAGGCCAACCGUCCGGGUCCUGCGGCUUCAACAUCGGCUCAAGCCACCCAAGAGACUUUAUUCGAUACCUGCUUUGCAUCUGGAUGCCCGCGCGCAGGAUUUGCAGAGCAGGUUUCGCUUCCCAAUAAAGAGUCGACCUUGCCUUGGCUUAGCCAUUCUAAAGCAGCGGGUAGAGAAGUAGAAACGCUGCUCGUUCCGGACAUCGAGGGCCUGAAUGGGAAUGAAAAGUGUUCCUCUGUGGUUGCGCAUCUCUCGCAAGGAUCUCGGACGACAGAAUCGAGUUUAAGUAGCUAUGCGGAUCUUCUAGACUGUACCAUCUCCCAUGCAGAACGAUCCGUGUGGCGGGAAACAAUUGCUAAGCAUGUCAUGGAGCAUGCCCACUCAACGCGGAGAAGAAUUCUUAAGAACAACGAAAAGCUGGCUCACGCAGCUUCUAAUGACACUGAGGUUGAUACCGAAGCAGUGAGAGACCAAGGGUUUACUCGCCCUAAGGUCCUGAUCCUUGCGCCAUUCCGCAAUAGUGCACUCGAUUGGCAGAGACGACUCGCGAAUUACUCGAAAUGCUCCCAAAUUGACCAGAAAGCACGUUUCGAGCGAGAAUACUCACUCCCGGAGCAUGCGGUCGAUAAACUCGCGCAGCCUGAGGCGAGGCAGCGAUACCCGGCCGAGCACAUCGAAACCUUCGCUGGUAACAUCGAUGACAACUUCAACAUGGGCCUCAAGCUCACCCGUAAGAGCUUCAAGCUGUAUAGCACCUAUUAUGACAGCGACCUCAUUUUAGCCAGCCCUCUUGGUCUUCGGCUCAGCAUAGAUAAGGAAGGCUCUGCCGACUUUCUCUCCUCCAUCGAGAUUCUUGUCAUCGACCAAGCGGAUAUCAUGCUCAUGCAAAAUUGGGAGCACGUCAAAUUCGUCCUCUCGAAAAUGAACAGAUUCCCUAAAGAGUCGCACGACACGGACUUCUCACGGGUCAAGCAGUGGUAUCUGGAUCAAAAAUCUCGCUUUCUGCGACAGACCAUUGUGGCAUCUUCCUAUGCCUCUCCAGAGCUGCUCCACCUCUUUUCAAAAUCGCUUAUCAACUUGUCUGGCAAAAGGCUCAUCUCAAUGCACAAUGCUCCAGCCAUGUCGUUAGUGCGAUCCGGGAUCAGGCAAGCGUUUACUCGCUUUGACUGCGCUGACCCCCAACGGGAAGCCGACUUACGCUUCAAAACGUUCACCAGCAAGACAUUGCCAGCCCUUUUGCGUUCAGCUGUGAGCGCGAGUAAAAUGCUCAUCUUUGUCCCGUCGUACUUCGACUUUUUGCGUGUAGAGCAACACUUGCGGGGUGUGAAGGAGGUGACAUUUGCUGCCAUCUCAGAGUAUUCGAGCAACAAGCAAAUCUCGAGAGCAAGAGAAGCGUUUUUCUCGGGCCGAAAAUCGAUCUUGCUCAUGACCGAGCGCUUCCAUUUCUACAAGCGCUACCGCAUUCGCGGCUGCCAAACCAUUGUUUUCUACGGCCUCCCAGAGAAUGCAGCAUUUUUUGCGGAAAUCCUCGAAUUCCCCUUCGUACAUGCGGCUGGGGAGCCAGCCGAUGCAGACGAGCUCGAACCUAGCGAGGUGAAGGUGGAGGCCAUUGUUUCAAGAUACGAUCUGCUCAAGCUACAGAGAAUUGUUGGAUUGGACGCGCAGAAGAUGCUGUCGGAAGACAAAACGGUCUGGAAAUUCAGCUGAACUUGUAAGAUAAAUAAAUGCGAAUGAAACUUUAAGAGCA